CUUUGGGGAAUUGCGGUCAAUCCGGUCAAAUCCACUCAGUCAAUCUCGAUAAUCUCUAACAAUUACCGACGAUAUUCCGACAUAUUCCGACGUUUUCCAAUACUUUCCGAUCGUAAAAUUUAGAUAUAUGAACUUUUUGUCAUUUUUGUGAACUUUUGAUGUAAGCGAACAUUAAUAUUUUGAAAUUUCAUCUGGCGACACUGCUGUAUCUAUGGUUGUUCUUCUCUCCAUUGUAUAAUAUAUUGCUCAGUGAGCUUCAUGUCACAGAAUACCUAAGGUAUUAUUGGGUAUUAAUUAGGUAUUCUGUGUUCAUGUGCACAAAACUUUGUAAAUAUGGCGUCCAUUCCAUAACAGAAUUGAUUCAAAAGAACCCAUUCUUUAAAGCAGACUGUGCUUCAUUACCUUCAUACCAAUUUAAUAAUUGGGACAAUAAUCACCGGAGUCUUGGGGUAAUUAAUUUUUUUUUAAAUUCGAGUAUAAUUAAUUUUUUUUUAAAUUCGAGUAUAAUAGGAAAACAAUUUCAUGUUUUUUUUUAUAAUUUUGUAAUGGAAAUUAGUAAAUAUGACAUAUGUAAAACAUGAAGACUUCAUUUAGAAACAAGUGCCUACCCUGUGUUAGCUGCGUUUAUAGAACUGCCUUUCAGGACUCAGGUUAAAGGGUUAGGACUUGUGCAUGUAUACAUACAGUAUAUGCCUCCGUUUCAAAAAUCUAAAAAACGAAUAUUCUAUUUAGUCAUUCAACUGGACUGGACUAAAUAAAUCCUUAUAGCUAGGUAGUGGACUAACUGGACUUCACUUCAUGUACCAUAUUUCUGUAUGACCCUAUAGCUAUGGCGAUGUUAAGAGAAGAGAGAAGCUUCCACAAAAAAAUUAGAUUACUGAUAGCACACCUUUAAGCAAUAUGUCCAGAAACAAGUCCACCAGAUGUGAAAUAUUUUGAUAAUUCCACAAAAUUUGAACCAAGACAACUUGAUGGAAGUUCAUGUGGGGUUUUUGUAUGCAUAAUAGCUGAUUAUAUGGUCAAUGGUUUGGAUGUGAACUUUACACAGGUAAUCAUAUCAAAGUACAAUUUCUAGUAACUACAUCAUUUAUUAAACCACAGAAAAAAUCUUGCUGUAUUUUAAUAUGUUUAAAGUUAAAUCAUAUUGCAUUUUUUACCUAAAGGAAGACAUACCAUGCUUAAGGAAAUACAUGGCUGUUCGCCUAGCAAAUCCUGAAAAAAACGUUUAAUAUUUAUGUUUCGAUUACGCUUCCCGGCACGUCUCUGGCAACAUUAUUGGAAAUGGUAAAUUUGGCAAGUUCAGAAAAUUUUACUCAACUCUUGAAUAUCCAGGAUUUUGCAGUAAAGAGUGCAUUAAAGAAAACUAAUUUAUUAAGUUGCAAGUAAUUGCAUCAUGAUCACAUAUGCCAUAAUGUUGAAGAUUAACACACUGAUAUUUUCACAGAUAGCUACCACUGUUAUUUUCAUUCACCUAUGAUACAUUUCAAUUGGACUUUGCUAAAGCCCAAGGGAAAUUUUCAUUGAAAUUGCAAAUAUAUAUUAGUUGAUAAUUGUGGUCCAAUUAUAAUAUUCACAUCUAUACAAUUCACAGGUAAAAUAUUCACAAUGAUAUAGUUUUAAAUAUAGAGAAUAAUACAGUCAUGGAUGCGCGGAAAUAUAGAAUUUAUUUCAAGUGUUGAAAUUCCAUAUUUGAAAUUCCAUGUUGAAAUUCCAUAAUAAAUUCCAUAUUUCCAAGCAUCAUGUAUUAUUCUCUAUAUAUUUUACUUACAUGAUCUGCGCUGUAACUCCUAACUUUUAAAAAUUAAAAUAUCCGUAAAAAUUAAAAUGGUCUGACAUGCUGAAUUAGAAGAACAGAUUUUUACUCAAUAAUGCAUCCAUUGGUUUCACAAUGGUUGCGUCCAUGUGAAAAGUAUGGACAAAAAUGAACAGUGGUUGUGCCCUGAAUGCGCGCCUCCUGCAUCCUGAACAAUUUAUAUGCAUCACGAACUUUCAAGUAUUGUAACAUAGUUAAAUGUAAAGAUAAAUUAUUGCUAUUCUUGUUCCUUUAUGUAGUUAAGUAUGUAGUUGUGUAGUUAAAAUGUAUUACUAAGCAAAUUUUUUAUAUAAAAUAUAUUUUCUAGCAAAUAUUAACUUUUGUUUUGGACUUUCACGUGGGGGACACUAUCCGCGGGGGGGCACUAUCCGCAGUAUAUAUUGUGCAAUCACUAUGGAAUACGUACGGCAGUUACAUACAUAUGACCAUUGCUCUCAUUGUUGUCAUCUCACGGCACAAGCCUUUGUUGUCAUCUCCGGCACAAGCCUUUUCAAUCAUCGUUGCGAAAAAUGUUCAACGUCUUUUGUUUUUGCCUCGUUUUCUUUGUCAUUGCUUACCAGUCAGCGGGCGAAAACACUAAAGUUGAUGUUCUCAUUUUGGGGGCUGGUAUCUCAGGAAUAUCGGCGGCAAAUUACUUCAAUAACAACGGCAACAAAAACUUUUUGGUGCUUGAAGCACAGGACUACAUAGGGGGAAGAUUGAAGAACCGCACUGUUGGCAAUUCGACGGUUAGUGAGGGUGCAAAUUGGAUAUCAUUCGUCGAAGAAGGUGAUAAAAAUCCUAUUCUGAAACUCGCGGAUAUACUGAAGCUCACCAGAUAUCAAAGUGACUAUAACGAUAUUGCUGUCAGAAACGCGAUAGACAACGAUACAAACUUCAAAGCAGUAAUGGCGGAACUGGACGCAGCCGCCGAAAAGGUGAAAAAGGACAAAGAGAAAGUUUUGCUUCAUCAAGAUCUUCCUCUUAGUUCGUCUUUGGCAGACGCGGGCUGGAUAGCUGAUACUCCCUUGAAAAGCGCGAUUGAAUGGUAUUAUUACGACUACGAGAACGCUAUAAGUGCUAAAUUAACGUCUACGCGAAGUUUCACACAAUCUAAUGGAGGUGAAAUUAUUGAUUCCGUUGUCACAGAUCGACGGGGUUAUGCGUUGAUAGUCCAAUACCUAGCAAAGAACUUUACAGAUAAAAUUCGAACAGGUCAAGCGGUGAGAGGAAUUAACUAUACUAAUAAUGGCGUAGCCGUUCAGACAAACGAUGGUUCUGUGUUCACGGCUAAAUAUGCUUUGUGCACUUUCAGUACAGGCGUUUUAGCGGAUCCUAAGUUUGUAAACUUUGUUCCUGAACUCCCUUCCUGGAAACGAAGAGCUAUAAACAAUAUCCCGAUGGGUUAUUUUACUUUUGUUAUCGUUCGUUUUGAGCACGUGUUUUGGGAGGACAAUGAAUAUUUACUUGACGCGGGACGUAUCCGUGCAAAGUUUCCCGUCAUUUUCAACCGAAACAAGCGAGGAAUCCAGCCAGGAUCUAAUCUUCUUAUGUUUGUUGCUACGGGAGACGAUGCCGUGCGCACUGAAAUGCAACCUCAAAAUACAACUGUGCAAGAGGUGAUGGAGACAUUGAAAGGAAUGUAUCCGGACGAAAAUAUCCCUUAUCCCACAGACGUAGUUGUAUCAAAAUGGGUGACAAAUGAGUACGUACGUGGAUCCUACAGCAAUCCUGUCGUGGGAAGUACAAACGCGGACUUCCAACAUUUGGCAGGGAGAGUUGGCAACCUAUUUUUUUCAGGCGAGGCAACCUCAGAAAAAUACUUCGGUUUUCUACAAGGUGGCUACGUGACCGGCCUGGCACAAGCUAAGGCAAUCCUCAAUUGCCUCAACGAUAAAGAAUGUGCUUCAUACAAACCAGAACUGACUGGCGACGAUGGUUGCAAAACUAGUAAAAUGGGUCGCGGACCCAUCGAGAACAGCGUAUUAGUUUUGUGUUCCGUUUUAGCAGCGAUUAUGACUUCUUUAAUAGCCUAUUAUUAAUUAAACCUUUCUGCAUCUGCAUGUGACUUCAUGCACGAAGUCAAGAAAACUAUCUGGUCCACACUUUUUUACCUUUGCCGACUCAUCAUUUCUUACACUUUUUACUUAAUUCAUAAACAGAAAUACUUUCGUAUAACGUUUCGUAAUAACUAGUUAUAACACGUGCCCUCGUCAAAUAUAGCGAAUGCACAUGAAAGUUUCUUUAAGUUUAAACUUUAAAGCCGGUAAAACACAGGCUACUACCGAAUAAUAUAUUUGAUAUUUUCACAAGAUCACCAACAAACUAUAACCUCAAAAAUUCAGACUUUCAUACCGAGAUUUAAAUCUGUAAAAUACGGUAAGAACUCGCUAAGAUUCUUCAUGGUCCUUACCUUUGGUCGAAGUUAAGCUCAGAAGAUAGAAAUCGGACCUCCCUAUCUGUUUUCAAGCGAAGGAUUAGAAAAACCAAUUUGAGAUGUAUUGUAGCAGAGUAACAUAGAAAUUGAAAAACCAUUCCCAUCCGUAUAAAAGGAUAACGAAGUAUAACCGACUAAUGUAUGAUAGAUCUCGUAGCA